CUGAGCUCGACAAGUGCUUUGGUUGGACGAUCUGUUCAAUCCUCGUGAUGUAGCCUGCCACGAAUGUUGCGCCACACCCCUAUGCAACAAGGCUCUAUGUAACCAUCCGAGGCCGGCAACCUGCACUGACGACCCAUCUGUGGACUGUGCCAAUAUUCAUUCCCUAUUCAAUGUCUGUGCUGAAAUUCAGAAGGCUAAGUUGGUGUGUCCAAGGUUUUGAAACCUCUGUAACGUAGGUUUGUAAAUAAAUAAAAUUAAUUUAAUUUACAACAAAUUUGAUCUAUUGCGAUUUUUUGAACACUCUGCAACAUGUAAAAUAUAACAUUUUAAAAAGAAUGUUGUCGUAAUGAAGAUGUUUCAACGACAUAUUCAAACUACUAACUGAUGGGUGUUUUUUGACAUACACAUUAAUAAAAUACACUGAAUCAACCGCCAAAUUAUUAUAAGUAACACGUUAUAAGAAGACCGGAAAAUAUGCAUUUUUCCAUACAAAGAAUAUUUUUUAUUGAAGUCGAUGGCCAUUGGAACUGGUGGUCAUCGUGGAGUAGAUGUGACGUCACGUGUGCAAAUGGAACACAGACACAUUAUCGAACUUGCACGGAUCCUUCGCCUCAAAAUGGCGGUCUGGAUUGUCUGGGAAUAGGAACCGAAAGUCAAACGUGCAUUCUAGAACCGUGCCCAAUCCAUGGCGGAUGGAGCUUGUGGUCACCAUGGGGAUCGUGCUCGGUCACGUGCGAUGUCGGCAUGCAGAGGCGUGACAGGUCGUGCUCUAAUCCAUAUCCUUCAAAAGGUGGUGACCAUUGCUUUGGAGAUUCCAGAGAUGACCAGAUUUGCUAUGAGCCUGGAUGCACAAAUGGUUGGUGGUCGGCAUGGGAAAUCUGGAGCUCUUGUACAGCCACAUGUGGUGGAGGUCUUAAAACGAGAGACCGGACGUGUACAAAUCCAGCUCCGUCAUAUCUUGGGCGUUAUUGUGAUGGUCCACCGCAGAACAUUGACUUAUGAAACAACGUUCCAUGUACAGGCACCGAUAUACAAUUUACUGUGGGAACACCAUCCAUGACAAAUUGCCUCGAAGAUAGUUCUUUUUUUUCAAUAAAAGAUAGGGUGUAACAUUGUAUUUGAUACAUUCAUAUCGCGUGCGAAUUCUCAGUUUCAUCUUCAAACAGCAACAUUCACGGCUUCAAAGACUGGAACAUACUGGUUUGAAUGGAAUUUAGUAACAGGAACCCACAUUGCUAUGUAUAUUAAAACGAUAAUCAAAUCGCCCAAAUAUUACUUGACUCUAACCACACUCACGUGACAUAUGUUCAACAGGUGCAGUUGAUGAUGAAUGAUUACGUCCGCUUAAAAGAGUGUGAUACUACGACCAUGUUUAGCCUAUCCCCAAACUUACAUUACAGUUCAACAUUUACAGGAAUCCUCAUAC